AUGACAACAUCAAGUAGUCCGGAAUCAAUGAGGAAGCUAGCUCCCGAGCCGCAUGAUUUCCGUGAUCAUAAACAACAUAUGAUAUGGCUCGCAGAUCGAGAAACAUAUAGCCCGGUUCCACUGAUUCCAAAUGACAUGUCAGGGGGAUCGAAGGCCGUUUCGGCGUCUGUACUUCAAAAAGCUUUCAGUAAUCCUUUUGUUCCCAUAGGAAUGAUAGCCACAUGUGGAUGCUUAAUAGGAAUGCUUGGUGCUACACUGAAAAGAAAUUCAAAACGUGCUCAGUUCUACAUGAGGGGCAGAGUUGUAGCUCAAGGAAUAACAGUUGCGUCUUUAGUGUGUGGAGCCAUGUGGUUUGGAUUAACACCAGGAAAUGGAGCAAAGCCUAUUGCUAGAACAGCUCUGCCUCAAGAGCAGCAAGCUGAAAAGUGA